UUGGCGUUCCGUUGUUAGUUUAGUUUAACCAUCGCAGCGCUUGAGUCGCGAUAAGUUGCUCAGGCUCCAAGUUCCCAGGAUCAUCUUUUUUUUUUGUUUUCUGUCAAAAACUCAGCAACAAAAUGAAGUUAUUUUUAUGUGCCAUUGCUGUGACGCUGUGUGUGGCGACAACCGUGUCCGGUGCCAACUUUGAGUGCCCAAAGCCAAAUGGCCAGUUCGCCGAUGAAGUGCAGUGCGACAAGUUCUACGUCUGCGACGAUGGUGUGGCCAAGGCGAAGCUCUGUCCCGAUGGCCUCGUCUUCGAUCCCCUCAACCGCAAGUUCAACAAGUGCGAUCAGCCCUUCAAUGUAGACUGCGAGGACCGCACAGAGCUCCAGGAGCCCAAGUCCAGCAAGUACUGCCCACGCAAGAACGGUUUCUUCGCUCAUCCCGAUCCCGCUGUCUGCAACAUCUUCUACAACUGCAUCGAAGGCGACGCCCUGGAGACCAAGUGCACCGUUGGCCUUCAUUUCGAUGAGUACUCGGGCACUUGCGUGUGGCCCGAUACCGCCAAACGUGAGGGAUGCAACCCAGAGCAGAGAACAUCUGAAACCGGCUUUGUGUGCCCAAAGGAUCAGCCAAAGACCGAUGAUCGCGGUCAGGUGGUGACCCAUCCCAAGUACCCGCAUCCCACCGAUUGCCAGAAGUUCUACGUUUGCCUGAACGGUGAGGAUCCCAGGGAUCUGGGAUGUCAGCUGGGCGAGGUCUACAAUGAUACCACCGAGAUGUGUGAUGCCCCCGAGAAUGUGCCCGGCUGUGAGGACUGGUACAAGGAUGUCGACGACAAGAAGGACUAAGCCAAGUCAUUUGGUUCUUCUUAAUCAUCACAUCUACACUUACACAUACUCACAUGCUCACACACAUACACACAAAAAAACAUACACAAGCGCACUGAGAAAAACAAAUCAAAAUCAAAAAUCAAAAACAAAAAGAAAACAAAACACAGAUUCGCGUCUUAGUCACUUAAAUUUAGUAGUUCUAGCCCAUUUCCUAUAGAACGUAUGUGUAGCAGUUAAACUUGAAUACUCUCUCUCUCUCUCUGACUUUCUUUCCUUUAUACUAUAACUUCUUGAUCUAUAUCUAUACUAUCCCUAUAUCUUAUAUCUUAUAUCUUUUCACUCCUCUUUACCACUCUAUCUAUCACUCUGUGCCUAUCUCUAUCUCUGUGCCCGAACCGAAUACUGCCAAAUUGUUGUGUAUAUAUUUCCUAUUUUCAUAUUUUCACUUUUAAUUUUAUACAAAAGAAUAAACUGAAUUUUUUUAUAAACUA